AUGUCCACCUCAGAUAGUCUUAAUUAUGAUGCUGAGAAGGCUGAACGCCUGUCACAGUUUUCAUCAAGUGAAUCUACCCAGGAAUAUCAGGGUUUUACACCCGAGGUUGCUGGAAACAUUAGGGAGUUGGCCAGGUCCAUCACCAACCGUUCUGCUGCAUCCAAUCCUUCCCAUGACAACCUUGCACUCGCCAGGACCUUGACUAGCAUGUCGAUGGUACCUGGUGUCAACCCCAUGGCUGAAGAUAUCGACCCCAGAUUGGACCCAAAUUCCGACUCGUUUGAGUCCAGAUUCUGGAUCAAAAACAUGCGCAAGUUGACCUACAGCGACACCGACUACUACAAGCCAUCAUCUCUUGGCUUCAUGUAUAAGGAUUUAAGAGCAUAUGGCCAGGCCAAUGACUCCGAUUUCCAAUCAAACUUCGGAAAUGUCAUCCCCAAGUCCAUCAGCCAGUUUGCUAAGAAGUUCGACAAAAAGUACCAGGAAGCCAACCAAUUUGACAUCUUGAAGCCCAUGGAUGGUAUCAUUCCAGCCGGUAAGGUCACCGUUGUGUUGGGCCGUCCUGGAGCUGGUUGUUCCACCUUUUUGAAGACAGUGGCCUCCCAGACUUACGGGUUUCAUAUUGACCCUAACUCUGUUUUGAGUUACGAUGGCUUGACUCCGCUGGAGAUCAAGAAACACUUUCGUGGUGACGUGGUUUACUGCGCUGAAACUGAAAACCAUUUUCCCCAUUUGAGUGUGGGUGAUACUCUUGCCUUUGCAGCCAAGAUGAGAACCCCAAACAAUAGACCCGAGGGUGUCACUAGAGAGGCUUACGCUGAGCAUAUGGCUGAUGUAGCCAUGGCAACCUUCGGUUUGUCUCAUACAAGAAACACCAAGGUCGGAAAUGACUACAUUCGUGGUGUCUCUGGAGGUGAGAGAAAGAGAGUCUCUAUCGCUGAAGUGUACUUGUCACAGGCUAGCUUGCAAUGUUGGGAUAACUCCACUCGUGGUUUGGAUUCUGCCACGGCCUUGGAAUUCAUUAGAGCAUUGAAGGCCAAUGCAAACAUUUCCAACUCCACCCCAUUGGUUGCAAUUUACCAAUGUUCUCAGGAUGCCUACGAUUUGUUUGAUCACGUUGUGUUGUUGUAUGAGGGUUACCAGAUCUUCUCUGGUGACGCUAAAACAGCUAAGGAUUACUUUGUCAGAAUGGGCUACACCUGUCCUCAACGUCAGACCACUGCAGAUUUCUUAACUUCCUUGACAAACCCCAAGGAGCGUGAGGUAACUCCGGGUUUCGAGGAGAAGGUCCCAAGAACUCCAGAAGAAUUCUACAACUACUGGCAAAACUCUCCUGAGCGUCAUGCUGUAGUCAAGAAAAUCGACGAUGCCUUGAGUGUCGCCGGACAAAACGAUAAGAAGGCAGAGUUUGAGGAAUACCAUCAUGCUCGUCAAGCCAAGAAGUCUAGACCACAAUCAUCUUUCACGGUGUCGUUUGGUAUGCAAGUGAAGUAUUUGAUGGGCCGUAACUGGUUGAGAACCAAGGGUGAUCCUUCCAUCACUUUGUUCUCCAUUUUUGGUAAUGUUGUUAUGGCCGUUUGUAUUGCUACCAUGUUCUUGAAUAUGAAGAACACUACCGGCGAAUUCUAUUCCAGAACUGCCGUGUUGUUUUUCGCUGUUUUGUUUAAUGCCUUCUCUUCUUUGUUGGAGAUCUUUUCCUUGUAUGAGGCCCGUCCUAUUGUCGAAAAGCAUAAGACUUUUGCUUUGUAUCAUCCUUCUGCAGAUGCCUGUGCUUCCAUCAUGACAGAAUUGCCUCCAAAGAUCAUCACUUCCAUUGCUUUCAACCUUGUGUUGUACUUUAUGGUCAAUUUGAGACGCUCUGCUGGUCACUUCUUCUAUUAUAUGUUGAUGAACUUCACUGCAACCUUGUCGAUGUCUCAUUUAUUCAGAAGUAUUGGUGCCGCUACAAAGUCCUUGUCUCAAGCUAUGACUCCUGCUUCUGUUUUGUUGUUGGCUUUGACUAUUUUCACUGGUUUUAUUAUUCCUCCAAGUAAGAUGCUUGGCUGGUGCAGAUGGAUCAACUACAUCGAUCCUAUCGCUUACUGUUUCGAGGCCUUGAUCGCGAACGAAUUCCACGGUAGAGACUUUGAGUGUACUUCUUUCGUCCCUGGCGGCCCAGGCUAUGAAGAUGCUACCGGAAUCAACAGAAUUUGCUCAGUUGUUGGAAGUGUCGCCGGAAGCAAUACUGUCAAUGGUGAUACCUACAUUGCACUCUCGUUCGACUACUACAACAAGAACAAAUGGAGAAACUGGGGAAUUGUUCUCGCAUAUGUCAUUUUCUUCUUGGGUGUCUACAUGGUUUUGGUUGAAUACAACAAGGGUGCAAUGCAAAAGGGUGAGAUCUUGGUUUUCCAAAGAUCUGCUUUAAGAAAGCAGAAGAGAAGAGCCAAGGAUGUUGAAGCUCGCGGUGGUGAUGUUUCUGGUUCAGAGAAGAGAGUCGAUGAUGAGGGUUUGCCGGAAUCCACGAGUAUUUUCCAUUGGAGAAACUUACGUUACCAGGUCAAGAUUAAAUCUGAAGACAGAGUAAUUUUGGAUGGAAUUGACGGAUGGGUCAAGCCGGGCCAGGUGACAGCGUUAAUGGGUGCCUCUGGAGCUGGUAAGACCACCUUGUUGAAUGCCUUAUCGGAGAGAUUGACUUCCGGAAAAAUCACUGACGGUACAAGAAUGGUGAACGGUAAGGCUUUAGAUUCUUCUUUCCAGAGAUCAAUUGGUUACGUCCAGCAACAGGAUUUGCACUUGCAAACCUCUACUGUUCGUGAAGCUUUGCGCUUCUCUGCUUAUUUGAGACAGCCAGCCAGUGUUUCUAAACUGGACAAGGAUGCCUAUGUUGAGUACAUUAUUGACUUGUUGGAAAUGUCCAAGUAUGCCGAAGCCGUUGUUGGUGUCUCUGGUGAGGGAUUGAACGUUGAGCAGAGAAAGAGAUUGACAAUUGGUGUUGAAUUGGUUGCUAAGCCCAAGUUGUUGGUGUUCUUGGAUGAGCCUACUUCUGGUUUGGACUCGCAGACUGCUUGGUCUAUUUGUAAGUUGAUCAGAAAAUUGGCCGACCACGGACAAGCGAUCUUGUGUACUAUCCAUCAACCUUCUGCCAUUUUGAUGAAAGAAUUCGACCGUUUAUUAUUCUUGCAAAAGGGAGGUAAGACUAUUUACUUCGGUGACCUUGGUGAUAAUUCUGCUACUUUGAUUGACUAUUUCGAAAAAUACGGUGCUCCAAAGUGCCCUCCUGAGGCAAAUCCUGCUGAAUGGAUGUUGGAGGUCAUUGGUGCUGCUCCAGGAUCCCACGCUAAUCAGGACUACCACCAGGUUUGGUUGAACUCCACUGAAUAUAAGGCUGUGAAUGCUGAGUUGGAUAGAAUGGAAACUGAAUUAGCCAGGAUCCCAGAAAUUGAAGACCCAGAGAGAUCUAAAUCUUACGCUGCCAACUUCUUUACCCAAUUAUGGCUUGUCCUUAAGAGAGUUUGUGAACAGAACUGGAGAACUCCUUCUUACACUUACUCGAAGUUCCUCUUGACAGUUGCUUCAUGUUUGUUCAACGGUUUUGCAUUCUUCAAAGCUAAGAGAACUAUGAUGGGCUUGCAAAAUCAAAUGUUCUCUGUUUUCAUGUUCCUUGUGGUGUUCAACACCUUGAUUCAACAGUAUCUUCCUCACUAUGUUGCUCAAAGAUCUUUGUACGAAGUCAGAGAGAGACCAUCUAAGACAUUCUCAUGGAUCUCUUUCAUCAUUGCCCAGAUCCUAUCGGAAAUUCCAUGGAACAUCUUUUGCGGAACUGUUGGCUUCUUCUGUUGGUACUAUCCGAUUGGAUUGUACAACAAUGCUUCACCAACCGAUACUGUUACGGAAAGAGGAGCUCAUAUGUGGUUCCUUAUUGUGCUUUUCUACAUUUACACCUCCACAUUCGGCCAAAUGUGUAUCUCCUUCAUUGAGUUGGCAGACAAUGCAGCCAACUUGGCGUCGUUGUUGUUCACUUUUUGCUUGAACUUCUGCGGUGUUUUGAUCACCUAUAACAACUUCCCAAGGUUCUGGGUCUUCAUGUACAGAUGUAACCCGUUCACAUAUAUUGUUGGUGCGAUCAUGGCUGUUGCAUUGGCGGGAAGCGAUGUGGUGUGUUCUUCGACCGAGUUGUUGGACAUUGUGCCAACAGAUUCCAAUGUCAGAUGUGGAGAGUACAUGAGCAAAUACAUCAGCAACUUUGGAGGAUACGUUGUUAACGAGAAUGCCACCGGAAAUUGUCAGUUUUGUCCUAUGGCCAGCACUGAUGUAUACUUGAGUCAGGUUAACAUCAAGUACUCAGCAAGAUGGGCUAACACCGGGUACUUCAUAAUCUUCCUUGUUUUCAACAUCUUUGCUACGAUUUUCUUUUACUGGUUGGCCAGAGUGCCAAAGAAAAAUCGCAAGAACUAA